UCCCUUUGUACCAUCACUCUCCUUUUCGAUCUAUCUAUCUUUCUUACACCCCCUGCACGGUUACUCCUGUCCUGGAAGACAGCGGGUUUUACAGCGCAGCUGCGGAUCUCCACACUCCGAGACAAUAAAGAACCGCCAGAAACACCUGGAUCCAGGUUCCGUGUAAUGUUUUUCUGAGUUUAGGGGAAAAAAUAAUAAGAAGGCAGAGCACAGGCCCUACUGAUGGAAGCUGUUCUAAAUUUUCCAGGGGACAAUGACAUGUCCUAUGAGGAUGCUGAUUCACCUCCAGCCUCACCAUUCAGCAUGACUCUUCCUGAACAUACAGGGAGUUAUGACUUGGAGCAGAAGAGACAGGAGCAGCAGGAGGGGCAACCUCCUGAGAGCUACAUCAUCAAUACACACCCAGAUGCGGCCUGGAACACCAACACCAACGCCACCACCAGAGGUGACUCUCAGUCAUAUGUGGAGCUGAACGAGCUGGUGGGGGAAAAAUGGCAGGAGACCGGUCGCUGGGUGGGGUAUGAGGAAACAUUCAAUCCAACCACUGGGAAAUGGGGUUCCUCACACAUUUCCUGUCUCACUUUCAGAAGCCUUAUUCAGCUCCGCAGGGUCAUGAGCACAGCGGCAGUGCUGUUGGACCUGAGCGAAAAAGACUUCAUAGUCAUUGCUGAGAAGAUCGUAGAUGAACUUCUGGGAAAGAAUGAGAUUCGGGCCUCAGAUCAGGGGACCUUGCUGAAGGCAUUGUUAGAGAAGCGCAGUCAGGCUGGUGGCACUCAGGUUACCUCAGCAGGCAUUGAGAUGCAGACCUUCUCUGUCACCAAACAGAGAGACACAUCUGAUAAUGUAGAGGCAUCUAUUGUGUUAUCAGGUGCGGUGGACUCCCUACAGAAGCCGGUUGUGGCAUUUGUGCGACUGCAAGAUUCCGUGGUGAUGGACGGGAUUAUGGAGGCUUCUGUGCCUGUGCGUUUUAUAUUUGUCCUGGCAGGCCCUGCUGAGAGCGGCAUAGAUUUCCACGAGAGCGGACGUGCCAUGGGUACACUCCUGGCUGACUGGGUCUUCAGCUUGGAGGCCUAUCUUGCCGAUAGUGAAAAAGAGCUGAAUAAUGCUAUUGCUGACUUCAUGGACUGCAGCAUUGUGAUCCCACCCACUGAGAUCCAGACCGAGACCAUGCUCCAGCCAAUCAUCCGCUUCCAAAAGAAAAUGCUACGUGAAAGACUCCGCCCUGCUGACACCCGAAUCCUACUUGGAGCAAAAGCUAAAGAGCCUGAGCAGCCACGGGAUGAUCCAUUGGCUCGAACUGGAUAUCCAUUUGGUGGAAUGGUCAAGGACAUCAAGCGUCGUUACCGCCAUUACCUGAGUGACUUCAUCGAUGCCAUAAAUCCUCAGGUGCUUUCUGCCAUAAUUUUCAUCUAUUUUGCUGCCCUUUCUCCUGCUAUCACCUUUGGAGGCCUUCUGGCGGAUAAGACAAACAAAUGGAUGGGAGUGCCAGAGUUGAUGAUCUCCACUAGCAUACAGGGAAUCAUUUUCUGCCUGUUUGCCGCCCAACCUGUGCUGGUCAUCGGCUUCAGUGGGCCACUGCUGGUGUUUGAAGAGGCGUUCUAUAACUUUUGUAAUUCUCAGGGCUACGAGUACAUUGUGGGUCGGGUAUGGGUUGGAAUGUGGCUGAUCAUCAUUGUGUUGAUUGUGGUAGCAGCAGAGGCUAGCUUCCUCGUCCGCUUCAUCUCUCGUUUUACCCAAGAGAUCUUCUCCAUCCUUAUCUCCCUCAUUUUCAUCUAUGAAACUUUUUUCAAGCUUUACAAGAUUUUCAAAGAUUACCCUCUGAAAAACACUUCAGUUGCCAACAGCACAAACGGCAGCACGGCUCAGGACCACUACCCCAACACUGCCCUGCUCUCUAUGUGCCUGAUGUUGGGCUGCUUCUUCAUUGCCUACUUCUUCCGUCGAUUCAAGAAUAGCAUCUUCCUGCCAGGCCCUAUUCGUCGCAUGAUUGGAGAUUUCGGUGUGCCCAUCGCCCUCCUUCUCAUGGUUGUGGUUGACGUCAGUAUUAAGGAUGUUUACACGCAGAAAUUGCAGGUUCCAAAGGGUCUGAAUGUGUCCAAACCUGAGGAAAGAGGCUGGAUUAUCAACCCAAUGGGACUAAAGGAAACAUUCCCCACUUGGCUAAUAUUUGCCUGUGCCAUUCCAGCCUUACUUGUUUUCAUUCUCAUCUUCCUCGAGUCCCAGAUCACAACGCUGAUUGUAAGUAAACCAGAGAGAAAGAUGGUGAAGGGCUCCGGCUUCCAUUUGGAUUUGCUCCUCAUAGUGAUGAUGGGUGGAAUUGCCUCCAUUUUUGGUUUCCCCUGGCUUAGUGCUACAACAGUGCGAUCUGUCACCCAUGCCAACGCCCUCACUGUCAUGUCCAAAGGCCCUAAACCAGAGAUCACUAAGGUGCUGGAGCAGAGGGUUAGUGGGAUUAUCGUGGCCACUUUAGUUGGUGCAUCCAUAUUUAUGGAGCCCGUCCUGACGUUGAUUCCCAUGUCAGCUCUGUUCGGCAUCUUUCUCUACAUGGGUGUUACUUCUCUAAGUGGUGUUCAGCUGUGGGAUCGCAUACAGCUAUUGAUCGUGCCCAAAAAGUACCACCCAUCUCUUCCAUACGCCACUCGAGUAAAAACCUGGAGAAUGCACCUCUUCACCCUUAUCCAACUGGUGUGUUUGGGCAUCCUGUGGGCAGUGAAAUCCACCGAAGCUUCGCUGGCCCUGCCGUUUGUCCUCAUUCUUACUGUCCCUCUGCGUAUUUUCAUGUCUGGACGCCUCUUCACUACCACAGAGAUGAAAUGCUUGGAUUCAGAUGAUGCCAAGGUGACAUUUGAGGAGGAGCAGGGGGUGGAUGUGUAUGAUGAGUGUCCCUUCUCAUAAAUGACUUCUAGCAUUUCACUGAACCUGUGAGCUCAGGCAUCAUGCCUUAAACUCUGUCCAGUGCCUUCAUUAAACUAUCGCAAGAGUUAUAGUGUGGAACCACAGGAACAGGACCCACAGUGUCAAAACCAUCGCAUAGUCAAGCUUUAUCAACCUUUUUCUGGUUUGCAUGCACAUUUUAAUCAUUUCCCACUACUGAGUAGAUCCUCUAUACCAGUUCAUUUUUCUCCUAAGACUGUUUUGCUUUACUUUUUGAAUUGUUAGAUUUUAUAUUGUUUUUAUCAUACAGAGUGCCCGAAAAGUCUCCAUACGUAGGGGACUAUGUAAGCCAGCACCACGUCAAUUGUGCUUUCGUCAGUGGAUGUUCAUGGACGUUUUGACAUUAGACAUUUUGCUAAAAAGUGUUAAUUUCCCCUAUGUGUGGAGACUUUUGAGACACCCGUAUGAAAGCCAUUAGCUAAUAGUGUUUAAUAACUUCUUUUUUAAGCUCUAUGCAAAAGCUUUUUUCUGUGCAGCAUUUGAGAUUAAAUAUAGUAUUAUGCCUAUAAUGUGUUUCUACAUUGACAGUAGCUACAAUAUCACCCUGUGUCUCUUUUUUUUUUUUUUUUUUUUUUGAUUGAUUGAUAUUUGUUUCAAAUAUCAUAUCUGUAAAUUUCUUAUUCCAGUCUAGCAGUUGCUGAAUGAUUGUUGUUGCAGUUUAUGAGAUCAUGGAUAUUUUAGAAUUUUGAGUGGGUUUGAAUAGUGAUGAAUGUACAUUCUGUUUUAUUGUUAUAUUUUUUUUUUAUAUUUAAUCUUGUGUUGCAAUUCAUGUAACUAUUAAAAUUCUAUUACUAAAAUAAUCUUAUUGCCAAUACAGACCUGGAGAAAAUCUUUCAUUUGCAGAUAUUAUCUUUCAUUAGCAGAGGUAUUAUAGCAAAAUGAAAUAUAAUGGUAAUUUUUUAGACAAAUAUUAGGGGGAAACUGAAGCACAAAUGUGAAUUUAUUAAAGAAGUAAGUGAAUUAAAAGUAAUAAACUGUGUCAUUAAAACAA